AUGGACACCGAUCCUAACGCCUACAAUGAUCGAGGAGCGUCUUCGACCUCUUCUACCAUCCCGCACCAGCGCCCGGCGGCGUCGCACUCGAGCUCAACGUCGAGCGAACUGGUUGGCCUGCGCGACCACCGCAAGCACACGAGCCCGAACAUGGGCAGCAGCAGCGGUAUGAUGCCGAACCCGAUGGUGCCUCAGCAGUCGUCGCCCAAGCUCUCACCCUCGCCCACCCUGCAACAGUCGCCGUCAAUACCCCCACAUGCCGAGUCUUCACAGCAGGCGGCCCGCCGAAAUGCCGCGACGCAGCUUGACUCAGACAUGUUCACGCCCUUUGUCUCACCGGCGCACCCGGCACACACCCCGACCGCCUCGCGUGGCGCCACGAACCCGCCGCCGUCUGCCGAGCACCUUCGCCAGAUGAUCGGUCAAGAAGCUGACUCGCAACCCAUCGCACAACACGAACCCGUCAAGCCCGUCGAAGAAGCCGUUGAGCAGUCUCUCCUCACCUGCAAGCCUCUGGACCUCGUGUCUGUCCAGCCGCCGGAACACCUUCCGCCAGCGCCUUCGACCGCAGCAUGGGCCCAAGCCCGCAAGCAGCCAAUGGAGCGCAUCGUCUCACAGGCCGGACCGCCACCCCCCUACCGCCCCCGGCCACCGAUGCUGAAGCGCGCCAGGAGCUUCUCAGACCCUCCUGAGAACCACCGCCCGAGCGCGCUCUUCCAGGCCAGGAGCGCUGCCAAGUACUUUCGCGGAAUGCCGCGGAAGCGCAUGCGCGUUUGGACCGCCAAGGACGCCGCUGAAGCCCACGAGGGUGAGCGUCUCAUGAGGCAGAUCAGAGGGCGCGCGCAGGAUCAUUACAUCGCUGCCGCCCGUGAGCCUCCCGUCAACAUGAGAUCUCUCCGUGUGUUGGACACGAACGAAGUUCUGAGAUUACCUCAGAUGCGCCACGAUCUCCUGUUUGACAAUUUUGGCUUCAGGCCGAUCCACUCUCCGAUGCCGUACCACUCGACCAACUACGGGUUGCUGUCGACCAAUAUGCGGUCCCAGAUCGUCCACCCGUCUCCUGCGUCGGAGGCUGCCAACAAGUAUUGGGAGUGCAUCCGACGUGAAAUUGAGCUCGGCUGCCGCUGCACUCGCUGGGACCACUCGCAGCCGAGUCGCAUCAAGGACUGCAUUUGCGGCAACUGGAAGCCUGGACUCAACGAGAAGCAGUGGUGGAAGGAGACUCGUGCGACUUGGCCGUCACGGUUGCCGAAGCUGAUUUCGACCCUGAGGGAAAUCCUGGAGAGCCUGAUGGCGUCAACGACGACUUGCGUGAACCAUUACGCUCAUCCCAAUAAGGAGGCACAGGCACUGCACGCUCAAUCGUGCCCGACCGUCACGCAUUCGCUGGUCCCCACGCUUUUCGCGGCCUUGGACGCCGAGUUCCUGACGAUUCAAGUGCGACGUGGGAACUUUGACACGGGCAUCUUCAAUGUUAUCGGCGAAGCGAUGAAGAUCCACUGCGCGCCCGUGCGCGACGCCAUGGUCGACGACAUGGUCGCAACGGCGACGGGUGCAGGCGGCAAGCGCAGGCCCAACGUCGUGCAGGGUCUGCGCAAGUGCUUUGACUGCGUCGAGGUCAUGAAGCUCGACAUUGCGAACCACCAGGUGCAGAGUCUGAAGGGCAUGCUGUGGCAGCAGGCCGAGCAGAACGAGAUGACCACCUUCAUCAACUAUCUGAUCGCCGCUGGCCGCACCCUCGAGACGUCCAAGACGUACGCCUGGAUCAAUGCUGCCUCGAAGCGCGUUGCCAUGUCGACUUCGCCACGGGAGCGCCGUCACCUGCUCGGCCAGUGUGGAUGCGGCAGCAACACCGAGUUUGUCAUCCGGUCGCUGACCGAGGGCUUUGUGCAGCUCGUCUUCGGCGACUGGAUCGAGUGCAACGAGCCGUGGCCGCCUGCGCUUCCCAGUCGCCGUCCCGUUGGUGUGCCCAUCAAUGCGCCCGUGUUCCCGAGCAAGGUUGUCGUGCCGGAGGUGUUCAAGAUGGAUUCGUUCCGCCUCAAGCUGUACCACACGGAGCUCGUCGACCUGACGAUUGCGACGACGAUCCUGCAGUCGUUCGAGGAGGCGUACGUCCAGCACAACAGCUCUGACAGCGCGGAGCAGGUACGUGCCCAGGUCACGCAGGUGCACGACAGCUACAAGCACAUCAUGACGAUGGGCAGCGGUCUGCUGCGCCCUUCGAGCGACUGCCCGUCCGACCUGGCGCUGCACAUGGCGCACCGUAUCGUGUUCUCCAAGACGAGCGAGAACUACAACACGGAGCGCUCGCAUUCGGACGUUGAGCUGGUCAACGCCCUCGCGCACGACUUUGACUCCUUCAUCAUGCGCGACCUCGCGUCCUUCUCCUGCGCCCGCUUCGCCGAGACAUUCGGCAAGGUGCGCAAGCUGGCUACGACCAUGCUCGCGAACACGCUGCUGCUGCACCGCGUUCAGCCCGAGAGUGUGCUCUACGACACGGCCGGCACCGACGCGCGCCCCUGUGCCGCGCCUGGACCUAAGGUCAAGGCGCCGCGCCUCCGCGUCGCGUCCCGCCGCUUCGUCACGCUCGCGGAGCCUCUGACGGGACAGGGCUCGUCGACCUCGGACCCGCGGGAGCGCUACCACCGUCCCGCGAGCGCCGAGAUCACGGCGGCUCGAGAGCUCUUCCACUCUACGAAGGCUGGCAACCGGGAGGCGGAGGACGCGCUCGCAUCCGAGCUCGGGCUCGACAAUGUCCUCGCCGACAUCCGUGCCGUCGUCGAGAAGAUGGCCAAGACGGCCGACUUCAACCUCUCCGUCUUUGCGCCCCUGUACGGGCGUGGGGGCAUGCUCAUCGGCAGCGGGGCCGUUGUGCCGCUGCCCGAGCUCGAGCGCGAGCGCCGCUACUAG